AUGAAGAACAAUCAUCCAAAUAUGUUUCGAUUAUUGAUAUUAGUAUUGGCACUGGCAAGAUUUAUAAAGGCCACUGAAGGAGGUAGAACACAUGUUAUAGAAUUUAACGUGGCUAGCAAGUAUACACCUGAUAAAAGAAGAAUCAUCUCUAUAAACGGCCACAAUGGUACAUUUGGACCGGAAAUUCGGGUUAAAGCUGGAGAUACGCUUAAUCUGAAACUGGUCAAUUGGAUAUGUUCAGAACAAGAAGCUGGCCAAGAGGAUGCUAUCUGGAGACAUUACUGUUCUACCGCUUUACAUUUCCACGGGGUUGUACCCCUGCGGAACGAAUAUGAUGGGAUUCCUGACUUAACACAGCCUACCAUUGGCUACGGGGAGAGUUACUGGUAUAACUUUACCAUCGAUAAAUCAACUUGUGGUACUUUUUGGUACCAUUCACAUUCAUCGGUGCAAUACGGCGAUGGAUUGAGGGGCGCGAUGAUAAUUGAAUGCGACGAAUAUGAUAGCCAUGUAGUGAAGGCUGUAAGUUCUGUAAAUAAAGCUGGGCCAUUACCUAAUGGUAUGCUCGAGAUGAACAGGCAGAUAAACCGUAAAGAAUUUGCAAAACAUGAAGUGCAAGAAGAAAUUAUAACUAUGAGUGAUUGGUACACGGAUUGGAAUCUGAACAUUUUAAAAAAUAGAGUUAUGUCGCUUAGUGGAGGCACGGAUCCCAAACUCAGUGGCUCGCUAAUAAAUGGGAAAUCUUCUAACAAUGAAGCCAUCAAAUUGGGGGUAGAUGCCAAGUAUUUGUUAUUGAGGAUCAUAAACUCUGGAAUGUCCGGUACUCAAGUUUUCCAUCUUGAUGAACACCAAUUGAUAAUAUUAGAAACUGACGGUAUUCUGAUUAAUCCGUUUGUUGUAGAAACGUUGACUUUGGCGGUUGGACAAAGAUAUACAAUUUUAGUGAGACUAAAGGAAGACUUGAAUCCCAUUCGUAUGGUUAACGGUUGUAAUAAGAUGAUGGGCUAUGUAACCAAACAGUGGUGGUUUUACAGGGAUAGCGCUCAUCUGGAUCCGUCACAGAGCUCCGGUGACGUUUCCAUCAAGAAUUUGCCCGGUUUUACCAAAACAGAAUUAUAUCGCGAUUUGGAACCAACAGAACAAGAGAGUAAAAAGUUGGGUUUCGAGUCUGAAUCUAGUGGGUUUUUUGAUUUUGACUAUGAAUAUUACAAAGACGAAGAGACGAAACAAAAGUAUGGAACUGGUAUGUACAAAGUAAACGGUCGAACCUUUAAUGAAUAUAUUAAAGAGCCGGUAAACUUACCCGAAAUCAACGAGACAUAUGACGUGAUAAUCAAUUCUAUUGACCAUAUGAGACAUCCAUGGCAUAUGCAUGGUCAUCAUUUCCAAGUAAUUUCUCUCGGAUCUGGGGGUGAGGGGCCGCUUCACAAACAAGUGCAAGAAGGUAAGGCAUGGGACCAGUACCAGAACGACUUGCGUCAUUGGGCCCAAACAGGAAAGGCACCGAUGGUAAGAGAUAGCAUCAACAUCGCCGGAAACUCUUACGCGGUGUUAAGAAUUAAGACAGAACUGCCAGGUAAAUGGCUUUUACAUUGUCACGUAGACUGGCAUAUGAUGAAGGGUCUCGGCAUUGUCUUUGAAGUGCCAGAAUUGACGGGUGAUGGUGCCAAACUCGCAACCACACUUCCAUUGUCAUUCCCAACCAAGGAACCGAGCCCCUCUGCUGUUGUUCAACACAUGCCAGAUCACCCAAACAAGACCAAGGUAAUUGCCGUUUAUAUCCUAAUUAUGUGUGCAGUUGAUGGCGCCUUUUACUGGCUGCUCAUGUAA